AUGAACAAGUCAACUAUUACAACAGUCAAACAGCUAAACAUCAAUUCCUCCUACAAGGAAACUGGAGGAAGCCAGCAAGUACAAAACCAGAAGCUUAACUUCACAAAUGGCCCAAGUAACGAAUUACAGAUCAACAAGGCUAUUAGUGUGCAGGCAAAGUUUAUUAGUGCAAAGUUCUAUUGGGAAAGCAAAAGUAAGGGUGGCAAGAGCAGCGUGGCCAGAGACCAGAGUAAGAAAUAGGUUCUCAAUCAUGAAGAUGUCACAACAGGAGAAUUACUGAGCAAGGGAAAUUUCGAUGACACAUUUGAGGGCAUAUUGAAGGAUAAAACUGCUAUUGCUGUUAAAACAUGUAAAGAUGCUCUGUCUCAGGAAUGGAAAUUAAAAUUUUUACAAGAAGCCAAAAUCCUCAAGCAAUACAAUCAUCCCAAUAUUAUCAAACUUAUAGUUCACACACAAAUGCAGUCUAUCUACAUUAUUAAGGAACUGGUUCCAGGAGGCGAUUUCCUCUCCUUUCUGAGAAAGAAGGAUAAACUGAAACAGUUAGUGAAAUUUUCAUUAGAUGCUUCUGGAUGGCGAAUUUCAAGUAAAAAUUGUAUACACAGGGACCUUGCUGCAAAGGAACUGUCUGGAGGUGAAAAUAAUGUUCUGAAAAUCAGUGACUUUGGAAUGUCUCGUCAAGAGGAUGGUGGUGUGUAUUCAUCUUCUGACUUAAAGCAGAUUCCCAUUAAAUGGACAGCACCAGAAGCUCUUAAUUAUGGGAGAUACCGUUCUGAGAGUGACGCAUGGAGCUUUGGCAUCCUCCUCUGGGAGACCUUCAGCUUAGGGAUCUGUCCAUACCCUGGAAUGACAAAUCAGCAGGCACAAAAGCAAGUGGAAAGAAGAUACUGGAUGUCAGUCUCUCAGCAGUGUCCAGAGUGUAUUUAUAAAAUAAUGCUGAAGAGCCCUAGCUGGGUAGCUCAGUUGGUUGGAGCAUCACCCAAUAUACCAAGGCUGCGGGUUCGAUCCCCGGAAUUUUUAGAGAUUAAACUAGAGGAAAGGUUAAAGGCAAAGCAGGUAGUAGUGUUCAAGGAACUAAAUCAUGGAGCAAUAAAGAAUUUGGACAAAGACUUUAGCAAUAACAAGUAA